AUGGUCAAGGCGAUUGCGGUUCUAAAAGGUGAUGCCGGGGUUUCCGGCGUGGUGCACUUCGAGCAGGAGGCAGACGCGGCGGUCACUACGAUCAGCUGGAACAUCACCGGGUUCGAGCCCAACACGGAGCACGGCUUCCACAUCCACGAGUUUGGCGACGUGACCAACGGCUGCACGUCUUCCGGAUCGCACUUCAACCCAUUCAAGAAGACGCACGGCAGUCCGGAGGACGAGAACCGUCACGUGGGCGACAUGGGCAACGUGCUCGCGGACGCAAACGGCGUGGCCGUAGGAUCGGCGAAGGACCCUCUAAUCAAGAUUUUUGGUCCUACGUCGAUUCUGGGCCGUACGGUCGUUGUCCACGCCGGCAAGGACGACUUAGGCCGCGGCGGCAACGAGGAGUCGCUAAAGACGGGCAAUGCGGGCCCCAGACCUGCUUGCGGCGUGAUUGGCAUUGCCAACUGA